AUCCCCACCAUCAGGGGCCCUGGUGAACAAGUACCCUGGGGCUUAGACUCCGCACUCUGCGCGCGCCUGACCAGUCAGCAGUCUCUGGUCAUCCCCUGCACUGUCUGCAGUCUCUGGUCAUCCCCUGCUCUGUUUGCAGUCUCUGGUCAUCCCCUGCUCUGUUUGCAGUCUCUGGUCAUCCCCUGCUCUGUUUGCAGUCUCUGGUCAUCCCCUGCUCUGUCUGCAGUCUCUGGUCAUUCCCUGCACUGUGUCCGCAGUCUCUGGUCAUCCCCUGCA